CACCCACCACCCACACACACACAUACACACACACACACAGUACAGCUCACAGUCUCCUGAGCGGUGACUCAGGCCGGCAUGUUGGGUGUUGUUGGAGGUUUCCUGACCUCUUGGUGUGGACAGAAGCAGGAGGAUGGACAUGGUGGACGGCUGAACAAAAUGUAACAGAGACGCUGAGCAGUCAUGAGUGUCAGACAUGCUACCAGAGGACCAUUUACCUGCGGAUGGGACUGAGGAACAGAGCAACCCGACUAAAGGUGGUGCGUCUUUAAAGCCAGCCCAGGAAAUCCUUCCAGCACGUGACCCUGUUAGCAGAGGAAAUACCAUCCCCACUGACCUCAUCAGCACUCAGCCUCUACCUGCUGCAGCCUCACAGGAGCCAGAAGAGUUGAAGAAGCCUCAGUGUGACCUGCAGAAACCCACCUGCCCACGAUGUGGCCUCGCAGUCCCAGACCACAUGCCACCACCUGUCUCCCUACAGGGCUCCAGCUCAUCGGCGCAAAGCAGCAGAAGCAGCAGGAGGAGCAGGAGGAGCAGGAGCAAUGUGGCUGGAUCACACCAAAAUACUGCUUCACCUGCUGACUCCUGUCUCCAGCUGCUGCUGGCGUGCCUGUGGUGCCAGGGCUCGGUGCUGCUCCUGGGUCUCCUGGAGGUCUGCUCCUCCUGCCUCCACACCCUCUGCUCCUCCUGCUGCCACGCCUGCGCCCGCUGUUGUGCGGCCGUCCAAGAGGCGCCUGUGGAGGAGCUCAACUGCAACGCACACUGCCACUCGGUCCUUUUCGAGUCCUGCUGCGAGCCGACCGAGUGUCUCGAGUUUUGUCUGGAGUGCUGCGAGAUCUGCCAUCGCAGCUAGAAGCCCUGUGGAGCACUACACUGAUGAUGAGACUGAAACAGAUGUUGGGAGUCAUUAGUGCUACAAAGACAUUUCUUGUGACAAGGCGUCAUCUUUCUGACCUUGUUGUGAACCUCAAAGUCAUAUAAGAAUUAAAAGAAAAGACUGACAUCACUCUCACGACUGUGCAUUAAAUAAGAGCUGGAGACAGGAGGCGAUUAGCUUAGUUUUGCAUAAUGAGAUGAUGAUUAGCUUUAAGAUGUCAGACAUUGUUUCCAGAUUAAACAAAUCAAAUAAAGCAUGUUAUUUUUGAGGUGUAAAGGUGCUGGUAAGCAUUUUUUAAACUUUGGGCAGAGCCUUCUCUACACUUGUCUGUAUGCUAAGCUAAGCUAAUUGCCUCCCAGCCCCAAUACCUAAAGGAGUAAAUCCACAUUUUGGGAAACAGCUUAUUCCCUUAUUAAGCGAGUUAGAUGAGAAGGUUGAUACCACACUUGUCAAAUUUGAAGCUACAGCGUAAAAACAAGCUGUGGCUUCACGAAGGUUACUUGCAGAGUAUAUCUUGCCAUUGACUUCCAGCAGUCUCCCCCUGUUUCCAGUAAUCGUUCUAAGCUAAGCUAACUGCCGCCUGGCUCCAGACGUGAGAGUGGAGUUCUCAGCUAUCUCUCCACAAGAAGGCAAAUGAGCUUUAUUUCCCUCAAUGUCAAACUAUUUCUUUACCGUCAAUGCAUUCUCGGCUCAUUAUAACCACCCCGACAGGAGGAAGGAGCAGGUGCAUUAUUUACCUCCCGGUUGAUUUUUUUUUUUUGCAAAAUACAUUCAAGGACCUUUUGAAAUAUUGAAAGACAUUUCGUUGAGGUCAUUUGUUGUGCUUGUUAAAUCUCUUCAGAUGUCCUGGGUGAAUAAAACCGAAGCCUGUGUGGGACUCAUUAAGGACCCGUGUUGUUGUUCUUGAUCACAUUGCCGCACGUGGUUAUUUGUUUCAUGAACAAGCACAGAAACUCGCUGUGCUGCAAUUCAGGAGCUAUUCACGACUCGGGCUUUAUUCCACAGACACGUCUCCUUUGUACAUCGAGUUGCAUUUAUUGACUUUGACCCACAAGACCCGGAAUGAGACCUCUUUGCUCAGUUUUGUGAGGGUUCUCAUGUUAUAAGAUUGCAGGUUUGACUUCUCC